GUUAGCAGUUGUUUUGGGGCAAAGAGAGAAAGACAGAGCGUCGCGUCUGUUAUGUUUUGUUCGUUUACAACUGAUUGUAGCUAGAGCUUAUAAUAGCGCACCAAGAGGGCCUGAAAGAGCUCAUGGCCGCUCGAGCAAAACAAGGCAACAAUGGCCCCGGCCGGCCGGCGACCUCACACCCUCCUCUUUUGAUAACGCCGCAUGCAAAAUGCAAGCUUGAGAUUGUUGGAUCGGUCGAUCGACGACAAUGGCGGGGCGGGCAUGCGUGCUGGUGCGGCCGGACCAUUAGCUAGAGCUAGGAGAUAAGGAAAAAAGAAGAAGAAAUUAAGAUCAAUCAACCGAUCGAUCGAGAUGAUGCACGGCCGCCGCUCCGGCGUGGUCGUGGUCGUCAUCGUUGUGUUGCUCCUGCCCGUCCAUGGCGAGAAGAUCGACGUGGUGGAAGUGGACAACGUGGACGACGGCAGCAGCAUCAGCCUGCCGGUGACCCCGCCGACGGUGCCGGAGCCGGAGGACGAGCGGCGGUCGCACUUCCGCGCCAUGGCGGCCAAGGACCUCGCCAGGCACCGGCAGAUGGCGGAGCGCAGCAGCAGAAAGAGGAGACAGCUCGUGGUGGCCGAGACGCUGGAGAUGCCGGUGCAGAGCGGCAUGGGCGUCGUGAACGUGGGCAUGUACCUCGUCACGGUGCGCAUCGGCACGCCGCCCGUGGCAUUCAGCAUGGUGCUCGACACCGCCAACGACCUCACCUGGCUCAACUGCCGCCUCCGCCGCCGCAAGGGCAAGCACCACGGCCGCCCUUCCUCGACGGCCACCACGACCACCAUGUCGGCGGCAAUGGAGCCGGAGAUGGACGCGCCGGUGGUGAAGAAGACCUGGUACAGGCCUUCGCUCUCCUCCUCAUGGCGUCGCUACCGGUGCUCGCAGAAGGACGCCUGCGGCUCCUUCCCGCACAACACGUGCAGGAGCCCCAACCACAACGAGUCGUGCAGCUACGAGCAGAUGUACGAGGACGGCACGGUGACGCGCGGCAUCUACGGCCGGGAGACGGCCACCGUGCCUGUCUCCGUGUCCGGCGCCGGCGAAGGGCAGACGGCGGUGCUGCUGCCGGGGCUGGUGCUGGGCUGCUCCACCUUCGAGGCCGGCGCCACCGUGGACGCGCACGACGGCGUGCUCACGCUCGGCAACCACGCCGUGUCCUUCGGCACCGUCGCCGCCGCGCGCUUCGGCGGCCGCUUCUCCUUCUGCCUCCUCCACACCAUGAGCGGCCGCGACACCUUCAGCUACCUCACCUUCGGCCCCAACCCCGCAUUGAAUGGCGGCGCCAUGGAGGAGACGAACCUCGUCUACAGCCCCGACGGCGAGCCGGCGUUCGGCGCGGGAGUCACCGGCGUCUUCGUCGACGGCGAGCGCCUCGCCGGCAUCCCGCCCGAGGUGUGGGACCCCGCCGUGCUCGGUGGCGCGCUCAACCUCGACACCGGCACCUCGCUCACGGGGCUCGUAGAACCGGCGUUCGAGGCCGUCAGGGCGGCCGUGGACCGGCGCCUGGGACACCUGCAGAAGGAGGACGUGGCCGGCUUCGACAUCUGCUACAAGUGGGCCUUCGGCGCCGGCGCCGGAGACGAAGGGGUCGACCCGGCGCACAACGUGACGGUGCCCAAGGUGGCCUUCGAGUUCGAGGGCGGCGCCAGGCUGGAGCCGGUGGCCAGGGGGAUCGUCUUGCCGGAGGUGGUGCCGGGGGUGGCCUGCCUGGGGUUCCGGCGGAGGGAGGUUGGCCCCUCCGUCCUCGGCAAUGUCCAUAUGCAGGAGCACGUCUGGGAGUUCGACCACAUGGCAGGGAAGCUCAGGUUCAGGAAGGACAAGUGCACAAACCAUGGCGGACAGCCCCCUCCUUCUCCUUCUUCUUCUUCUUCUUCUUCUUCUUCUUCUUCUUCUCCUCCUGCAAAUUAAUUAGCACUAGUCCUACUGAUUUCCUCCAUGAUCCAUGCUCCCUCUGUCAAUAUACUAUUACACAAGCGGCCAUCACCAUUGCUAACUAAUUGCUACUACCAAGCUAAUUUUGUAUACGUCUAUGGAUGUGCCUGAAGAACAUGCUUCAUGUUGGUUUCUCAACCUCAAACUGCAAUGGAAAAACAAAAACA